AUGACAACAAUCUCAGAUGACCCCGUUGUUAACAAUGACGUCAAUGGAAGGCCUCCAAACGUUGUUGACAGAUAUUUUAAACGGAGGUAUAAAAUAGACAUGCAGAAUAAAGUUGGAGAAGAUGCAAUGGUUUUAUCACACUCAAACAGAGUGUGUGUUGUUUGUCUGGCCGAUUCACACCCAGUUCUCAAGGAAAAGAAGACCGUCACAAAAGUCAGCUUUGAAAGCGCCAAAUGGAACAGAAUGGACAACAAGUUUUCUGGCAAAAAUAAAAGGGGUGCCCAGUGGUUAGAUGUUAACUCUCCACUGUGUGAAGUUACAUGUAGUGAUGGAAGUGUCUACACGAUAUGUUGUUGUGUCAAAGGUCAACUUAUUGAGGUCAAUGAGAACCUUAUUAAUCAUCCUGAGCUGGUAAUGAGAAAGCCUUGCGGAGAAGGAUAUCUGGCUGUUCUGUUACCUGGCCUCAAAGGGUUUGAACGGGAAAUGCUCCAGUUGAAGUCUCAAGAAGAAUAUCAAGAAGUUUUGGCUAGUAGAGCUGCUGAUCAAACAUAA